UCAUUUUCUCCACACACACACACACACUUAAUUAUCAUAAUCGCCUUAUUAUUCUAGAUACUUCUUCUCUAGAGUCAAUCAAUCAAUUAAUCAAAUCCAUGGCGUCUGAUCUGAUCACCAAAGCCAAAGAAGCUUUCAUUGACGACCACUUCGAACUCGCCGUUGACUUUUACUCUCAGGCCAUCGACCUUAACCCUACCAAUCCCGACCUCUUCUCCGACCGCGCUCAGGCCAACAUCAAACUCCAUAACUACACCGAAGCUGUUUCUGAUGCAAACAAAGCAAUUGAGUUGGACCCCACAAAUUCAAAGGCGUAUCUGCGUAAAGGCACUGCAUGUUUCAAUCUUGAAGAAUAUCAGACUGCUAAAACAGCCUUUGAAGCUGGUGCUUCUUUAGUUCCAGAAGAUACAAGAUUCAGUGAAUGGGUAAAGAAGUGUGACAAGUGCAUUGCAGAGGAAAAUGGUGGGCUGCCAACACAAUCACUAAAUGCAACUCCCACUGAGGUGGUUGCUAAAACUGAUGCAGCUCCAACUGAUGCUGAACAAGUUAAUAACAUAUCUAACGAGGUGGCAACCAACACGCCAGCCAAACCAAAAUACAGGCAUGAGCUCUAUCAGAAACCAGAGGAGGCAGUUGUGACCAUAUUUGCGAAGGGGAUACCAGCGGACUGUGUUACAGUUAACUUUGGCGAACAAAUACUAAGUGUGACGAUUGAAUUGCCUGGAGAAGAGGCAUAUGUUUUUCAAACUCGUUUGUUUGGAAAGAUAAUCCCCGCAAAGUGCAGAUUUGUUGUUCUUUCAACCAAGAUAGAAAUACGCCUUGCAAAAGCUGAACCAAUACACUGGACAUCUCUUGAAUUUAGCAACAACAAUUUGGUUGUGCGAAGCAGCAAUGCCCCAUCAGGUAAUCAAAGACCUAUGUACCCUUCAUCGAGAAAAACAAAAGACUGGGAUAAGCUUGAAGCUCAAGUGAAAAAGGAGGAAAAAGAUGAAAAGCUUGACGGCGAUGCAGCUUUAAACAAAUUUUUCCGUGAUAUCUAUUCAGAUGCAGAUGAGGAAACAAGAAGGGCCAUGAAAAAAUCUUUUGUGGAGUCGAAUGGAACAGUGCUGUCAACAAAUUGGAAAGAAGUGGGAUCAAAGCAAGUGGAAGGAACUGCUCCAGAUGGCAUGGAACUUAGGAAAUGGGAAUAUUAAGGUUCUGGUCAAAGAUUUGUGUGACAUACCCUUAGCCUUGUUGCUUAAUGCCUUUUUUUUGGGUUUAAAUGUUGGGUCUUUUGUUUAUUGGCCUGGCUGGCCAUGUUUUGAAGUUGUCUAUAGUCUUUUGCAUGAAGCCAAACUGAAAUACCUAGUUAUUCAUUUUCCCUCUACUAGUAUCUUGUGUUCGUACAGUGCGAGUUUCGUAACCUAAGACUGAAGUUGUGUUAUUGUUUAUGUUCGUAAACUAUUCUGAUCCAUAUUUUGGUAAUGGUAUUUCUGUUUCAGUCA